GCAGAUGCUGAUGCAUUCUUCAAAAUCAUUUCCUCCAGUCAGGCACGACGGCUGGACGAUCAGCGAGUUGCACUUCCUAGCCUGCCAGGGAUAAGUGGGAAUACUAACAAAAAAGAGAACUGUAGAAAUACAAAGGCUGGAACCUCAGCUUCUCCACCACACAUCACUGUGGCUGAAAGUACACCAACAACAUCAAGGAAAGACUGUUCCACUUACACAGAAUCUGGCUCCCCCGGAGCCCUACCCAAAUCAGCUUCAUUUACCCCCGAGACUGAAUAUCAGAAGAGUCUAAAUUCCCCAGGACAGAUGACAGUGAGGGUGUCCAUGACCUUCAUACCACAACAGGGGCAGAAGGAUGGCGACCAACCGUGUACAUUCCCAGAAGUCUUCCUCACUCUAGGAGCCCCUGGAGAUAACCUUGUGAUCCCUUUGAGCCCAGUACGUGGCAGACCGUUGUCUUUAAACUUAAACCUUGUCCCAAAAGAAGAUACUAAGUCCAGGCAUUGCUCUCCAAGCCGUGCAAGUCCUAGAAAAGCCCACUCAAGGCCACCAUCCCCCAACCCAGGAGCAGCCAGUGAAGAACAUGAACAGGAGCAACUUAUGACCCGCACUAUCAGUCCAGAUGAAGACUGCUUCUCUCUGAUUGAGAAGGUUCACACGGCCCAUCUGCAGAAGGGAACGGCUCAAGGAAGACAAAAAGGAAAAGGGGAGCAGGGAAAAGGAAAGGGGGGUGGAAAGAAAGAUAAGAAAGAUGGUGACAAGUAAACAAUAGUCAGGUAUGUUACAUUGUCAGUUAUCUACUGAGAAAAAUAAUACUGAGGUGUCACUAAUUGGCUUGGGAAAUGAUUGAACAAUGUUUAUGAGACUGUAUUUGUAGUUCCUAUAUAUCCCUUAUUAGGAGUUUACUUGAGUAGAACUCAAUUUCAUUCUGUUUUUAUUUGCAGGACUGGGUUGGUUAUUUGUUGAGGCUUUUUUCGUCUUCUUUGUUAGUUAAAUGUUCCAUAAAUACAACACAUAUACACUGUAUAUUUAGUUUUGAUGAUAUGAACUAUUUGCUUUGUUUUUUCAAAUGCAGAUGCAAUGUAUACAGUUAAAUAGAAUACUGCUUCAGCUGCUCAUCCAAAGCGAGAAAUUGUAGGUAGAUUGGAAAUAAUCCCAGUUCUCUGGCACUGUGAAACUAUGACCAAAAAAUGUGUAACAAUACAAACUGCAAUACCUAAAUUAAACCUUACUGUCAACUCACGUUUGCUCUUGAUUGACACCUGAAUGACAUAAUAGACAAAUGGGCCUGCUUUACACAAUUAAAAAGCUAUUAAAACACAUAAAUACU